AUGCCGCAGAAGGGAUACCCCAAAGUACGGACGGGAUGUCUAACUUGCAAAAAGCGCAAGGUCAAAUGCGAUGAGGCCCGCCCUUACUGCAACCGGUGUAUUGCCACUAGCAGAAAGUGUGAUGGCUAUAGCUAUGCGCCAUCAAGCCAUGGUUCCAAAUAUUCUUGGGAGCAGCUUCUUGCACCACGCAUACAGUUUGCCCUUGGAGCCCCAGGAGCCAGCUCGACAUCUACAGAUGGACGCGCCAUGGCUUAUUUUCAUGCUACCGUGGCUAAAACUUUUUCUCGCAUGCUUGGUGGCACAAAUUGGGCACCCCGCUUGUCUCAAAUGGCUCAAAGUGAACCCGCAGUUCAACAUGCUGCACUCGCCAUAAGUGCUAUGUAUGAACAGCGUUACGAGAAACCUCUAGGAAAUUUUCAAUGGCCAGGCGAAAGCAAGUCGGCGAUUCAGCAUUAUAAUGCUGCAAUUCGAUGCAUAAUUGCCAAGCAUCAAUCAUACUCACUUGAUACCCUUUUGCUAGUGUGUGCCAUGUUUGUAUGCAUUGAGUUUCUUCGAGGCGAUGCAGGCACAGCUAUCAGUCACAUUCGGUCUGGCAUCUUAAUUCUCAAAUCACAACAAGUGGAAUCUGAGUUAGGCUCUAUAUUUUACCACUGGUAUGCUUUGCCUUUUGUCUUUGGCAUCGGAACCAUUUCUUUUCCACUCAUCCAGCGCCCAAAGUAUUUAACAAAUGCGUCUUUCAAGGCCCUUACCCAAGCUCAAGAGAUCAUAGAUCGGUUAGCAAUCCGUGCACUGCAUUUAGGCCAAGCAGGAGAUGGCUACCGCCUUGGUGCAGCGUCCGACGCUCAAGUCUCUCCUAUGCUCAGUCAUGAACAGCAUCAACUCCAGGUCGCACUGCAUAUCUGGUGGCUCUCAUUUUCACACCUUCAACAAAGCUCGGAAUUGUCUACAGGGACCGACAUCAGAAUCCCUCUUCUCGAAAUGCAGUGGCUUGUAUGGAAAGUCUAUAUCAGCAGUUGUCUUAGCUUACGCGAAACUAUAUACGAUACCUAUAUGGACUACUUCCAACGGAUUCUUCAGAAUGCCACCGCCUUAGGACCCUGCAAAAAAAAAGGAGGAUUUACAGCACAACCUGUAUUUGAUAUUGGAAUGGGUUACUUUACCUCGGUCUACUUCGUCGUCGUUAGUUGCCGACAUCUGAAGAUGCGGCUUACGGCACUCCAAAUGUUAAAAGUUUCAUCACAAUCUAAAGAGAUGAUGUGGGACAUGGCUAUCUUUUACGCUGUAGGAAAACGUUUGAUUGAGAUUGAGCAUGGUAUCACACUUACUGGCGAGGCUAUGAAAGAAAUAUGCCAGAGCAUUGAUCCUCCAGAAUUUCCACCAGACUCGCAGCGCAUUAGGGGGUACUUUAUCGAGCCAGGUGCUACACAGAAGGCGAAUGGAGAUCGUCAGGAUGAUAGACGACAGAUGCUCGAGCACAAGGUUCGGUUUAUAAUGCGGGAUGUGGAGAAUAGUAAAACAUCAGAACAUAUCUGUCGAAUCUCAGUUGCUAGAGCUUAG